GAGUUAUAAAAAAAAAAUUGUGAGUUGUGAUUAUAAAAGGUAUUGCCAUUUUUAAAGACAAGGGUCUUUCCCCCCGGCGAGAGUGGCUCCGUCCUCCGAUUUCAGGGUACUUACACUUACUGCCACUUGAUUCGCCGAGUCACUUUGCCGGAGAUACAGCUGAAGAAUUAGGGUUCUUCCUAGUUUUACCGAGAUCGUAAGUUUCAGCGCGAUGAUCCCAUUCUCUCGGAGAAUAUGGCGGGAAAGAAGACGGGUAAGAUUCCGGCGGGAAUCUCGCCAUCGCCAGCUUCUAAAGCUUUUGAUGCCUUUCGCCCAUAUAAGUAUUUACAAUUGGUAAUGAAGUAUGUGGUUAGCGAAAGAAGCAGACGAUUGCGAUUUUGGAGAACAUUGAUAUUUCGAAUGGCUACCCCACGGUUUGCUUAACUAGGUUAUCUUGAAUCCCAAUUAGUCAAACAACAGGAAAAGGAAAUGAAUGGCCAGUGGCCACCUCAAUGUUGGGCGUGGAUUUGACGUUUUGUCGCCAUUGAAGCUGAAGCUCGACGUAGCUUUUCAACCUUCGUCAAUAUCCUACGGGGAAAGGGGGAAAAAAAGAAGAAACUUCGUUAGAAGAGUCUGAAGAGCCCUAUUACAUUUCAACGUCUCCUAUUUAUGGAGACUAAAUACCAUGGCAGCCCGCAGGUGCAGAUAUUUCAUCCUGCUGUGUUUACUGCUGUUGUGGACUUUCCUUAUGCCAUCAAUUUUGCUUUGCUGGGGAAGAUGAGAAAUGGUGCUAGAGCUAAAAUUUUCAAGGUGGCUUCAAGGCUUGCUCUGUUUCUUCUUUUCCAAGGUACAAGCUUUGCUCUCAAUGACACUAUACAUGCUAAUGGGUCACUCAAGGAUGGAAGCUUGGUCAUCUCCAAAGGGGGUAAGUUCGCUUUAGGGUUCUUCAGCCCUGGUCGAUCCAGCAACAGAUAUCUAGGGAUUUGGUAUCACAACAAGCCAGGACAAGCUCCUGUGUGGGUAGCAAACAGGAACAAUCCCAUCAAUGGCACUUCAGGAGUUCUAUCGAGCGAUGGAUAUGGCAAACUUUCUCUCUACAGCAGCUUAGAUCAAGAGUUCCCAGUAUGGUCUGCAAAUGUUUCGAGGGAAAAAUUUGCAGAAGGGCCAUGUUUAGCUCGGUUGUUAGAUUCAGGAAAUUUAGUAUUGGUCCAGGGUACAAUUAACAGAAUGAUUGUGUGGCAAAGCUUUAAUCAUCCUACUCACACCUUGUUACCUGGCAUGAAACUAGGUCUGGAUAAGGAAACUGGUUUAAACCGCUUCAUCACUUCAUGGAGGUCACCAGAUGACCCUGGAAUAGGUGAUUUCACAUUUAAGCUUAACCCAAAUGGCGUGCCACAGUUCUUUCUGUAUCGUGGUACAACCCCCCAAUGGCGGAGCAUCCCAUCAGCCUGGCGCAUACACCAUGAGUUAUAUGAAGAAUUAUUUGAAAUUAAUGAACGUGAGAUACGUUUCUCGUUUCACUCUCGUGAUCCUUCUAUUGUAAUGAUUCCUACAAUGGACAACUCGGGAACGAUGGGGGCGGCGAUGUGGGACGAAGCUGAUGGCCAGUGGAAAGAGUUCUAUUCAGUAACCCAUAAAAAAUGUGAUGUCUAUGGUUACUGUGGUGCUUAUGGAAAGUGUGAACCAAGCAGCCCUUUUCUUUCUGAAUGUGUUUGUUUACCUGGUUAUGAACUAAAGUCUCCAAGCAAGUUUCUUCUAGGAAAUGCAUUCGGUGGGUGUGUCAGGAAGCGGUCAGAAUCCUCAUCUUUUUGUGCGCCCGGAGAAGGGUUUGUGAGAGUUGCAAAUGUGAAGGCUCCUGAUACUUCAGCAGCCGUGUGGGUGGACAUGGGAUUAAAUGAAGUGAACUGUGAGCAAGAAUGUAGAAAGAAUUGCUCCUGCUGUGCAUAUGCUACCACUAAAAUUGAUGGCAAAGGGGCUGGUUGUUUGACAUGGCAUGGAGAACUAAUGGAUACAGUAAGCAUGCCCGGCCUUGAUCUUGCAAUCUAUGUUCGUGUCGAUGCUCGUGAACUAGCUGACUAUGCACUGCAAUCUAGUGGCUUUCGUGAACUUAAGUUGAAGUUAGUUGUUCUCAUACCAUCUUUUGCUUCUGUUUGGCUUGUCGGCAUCUUGCUUGCCUAUUGGUGGCUCAAGAGGCUAAAGAAGCGGAGGAAGAGCAAAGCAAACGAGAGGCGGAUCAGAAACUUAUUUGAUCCGGGUGAAGAUGGGUCAAACUACUUCCAAGAUUCCUUGCUGACCAAGGAGAUCGAGCGGAGUAAAAUUUAUCCAGAACUACCCUUCUUCAACCUUAGCACGAUACGAGCUGCUACCAACAAUUUUUCCCCUGACAACAAACUUGGACAAGGGGGUUUUGGUUCAGUGUACAAGGGGAAAUUUUCUUCCGGAGUAGAGGUUGCUGUAAAAAGAUCACCAAACAAUUCAAGGCAGGGGCUGGAACAGUUUAAAAGCGAAGUCUUUCUUAUUGAAAAACUGCAACACAGGAACCUUGUGAAGCUCCAUGGUUGCUGCAUUGAGGAACAAGAGCAGAUGUUGGUUUAUGAGUACUUGCCCUACAAAAGUUUGGACUCAAUUCUUUUCGUUGAUCAGACAGGAAGCCCAUUCUUAGACUGGUGUAAACGGUACAAUAUCAUACUCGGGGUUGCACGUGGGAUCUUAUAUCUUCAUCAGGACUCAAGGUGCAGAAUAAUCCACAGAGACCUGAAAACCAGCAACAUUCUUCUUGAUGCAGAGCUGAACCCCAAAAUUUCCGAUUUUGGAAUGGCUAGAGUAUUGGAAGGUGACCAAGUUGAAGAGAAGACAAGUAGAAUUGGCGGAACCUACGGUUACAUGUCACCAGAGUACGCAUACCUAGGGAAGUUCUCGGUAAAAUCUGACGUCUUCAGUUUCGGAGUUAUGUUGCUGGAAAUCGUGACCGGGAUGAAGAUCAAUGGGUUUUCUCAGGAGGAUCCUGCCUUGAGCUUGAUUGGCUAUGUAUGGGAGUUAUGGAAAGAAGAGAGAGCCGUGGAGGUAGUUGAUCCUUCAAUAGAAGUGUCAAAUGGUGCCCUGAGAUGCAUCCACAUCGGGCUGCUGUGCAUCGAGGAAGAUCCCGUUGACAGACCUGAUAUGCAGGCAGUGGUUGUCAUGUUGAACAGCGAAAUGACACCUCUUCCUCCGCCGAAACGUCCUGCAUUCACUUAUGGGAAGUCCAGAAGAGUCGAAGAAAGAGUGGCAGAAUGCUCGAGGAACGAGCUGACCUUUUCCAACAUCCUUGGUCGCUGAUGAUGUCUGCGACAAUAAACUAAUGUAGCAAAU